AUGACGACUUUUAAUUACGUGAUCGUAGGAGCUGGACCUGCGGGUUUGGCAGCUAGUUACGGGCUGCAUAUGCAUCAUGAAAAUAAAUACUUGUUGAUUGAUAGCGGUGAUAACCUAUUAAUACGUGUACAAGCCAACGAUAGAACUCAUACUGGAGGUGUAGGCGGAGCUGGACUCUUCUCUGAUGGUCAUCUAAUGUUCUAUCCAGCCUGCUAUAGACUGUGGAUGCUUGAUCAAGAAUGCUUGAGAAUAAGCUACAAUCAAUUAAGAAAAAUAUUUCAAGACAUGGUAAACAUACCAGCUUUUCCAUUCGAACAAAGUACUAUGAAUGCUGAAAAUCAAAACCAAAAGGGUCAAUCCGCUUUCCAUUUAAUACUCGAACAGCGUACGUCUCUCUUUGCGUCAAUUCUAGAUAUCAUCAAACCGAACCAACUAUCACUGGGCACUAAACUGUAUCAGAUUGAAUCUACAGCAGAUAAUACUUAUAUUUUACACUGUAAGAAAAACGGUGAAGAUAUAAAAUUUCGUUGUAGUAACCUUAUUCUCACUGGUGGUCGAUUUUUCCCUAUAGUUUCUUCAACGUUUCCGGUGAUUAAACACAUUUUCAAACAAUUAGAUGUUGGAGUACGUAUCUGUGGCCCAGCAGACGAUAGUUUAUUUUCCAAUGUAACAGAAGCAAAUUUGAAGGUUAUCCCAACCAACAAUGCCAAUGUGGAAUAUCGAACAUUUUUCUGGUGUCGUAACGGUGAAUGUGUAUGGUUCGAACAAGACGGAAUAACUGCCUAUUACGGUUGUUCUGAUUGCCUAGCAACAUCAGAAAGUAAUUUCGGUUUCGAUGCGUGUUUUAAGAGUGAUGAUGCUCAGCAAUAUUUAGAAAAAAUCAAGGAUAUACGUCCAUUCGAGCUAUCACUUGCUGAAUUAGAUAAACUGUAUGACAUAUAUGGUGAUGCCGGUACUCAUAUUGCUAGAGGCAUUGAAUCCUUUCUUGCAAACAUCAUGAAAGAUACAAAUUUAGAUCGACGAAAGUUUACACUCAAAGGACCAACAGUAGAAGCCGUUGGAAACUAUCCACUACUCGACGAACAUUUGAAAGUACCCGGAGAAAACAUUUGGUAUUCAGGGGAUGCCGUUGGUAUAUUCAUCGGAAUUAUACCUGCGAUGUUGAGUGGUCUAUUUGUUGUGAAUCAAGCAAAACAAAUUGUCUGUCUAGCAACUGAACUUUCUGAUUCUGUAAGACUAACGGCACCUCAUGUUUGCCAUUUACUUAUUUAA